UCCCACGCCAGCUGCGCGGGCUUCUCCCUGCAGGUCAUCGAGGAGCUGCGGAAGCUCCUGGACUUCCACGAGAAGCAGACGGGGGAGAAGCUGCCCUUCCUGGGGUUGGCCCUCAGCUCCAGGAAGAACCUCUGCGUCCACCCCGAGGUGAGCAGCCUGCGCUUUGGGAAGGAGGUGGACGGCAAGUGCUUCAGCCUCACCGCCUCAUACAUCCGGGCUCAGCACCAGCAGGAUGGCAGCGUCCCUUCUUGCCGUUUCUUUGAGGAAUUUGAUGCUCACGGUCGUCAGGUGCCACUUCCAUAUGGCGUCUAUAACCUGGAUGACUUGAAGGCUUACGGUCAGCAGAAGGGCUGGUGCCCCUACUUCCUUGCCCGCUACUCGAUCCUUCAUGCCAAUAUUGUGGUCUACAGCUACCACUAUCUCCUGGACCCCAAGAUUGCUGACGUGGUCUCCAAGGAGCUGGCCAAGAAAUCCGUGGUGGUUUUCGAUGAGGCUCACAACAUCGACAACGUCUGCAUUGAUUCCAUGGGGGUCAACAUUACACGCAAGAUCCUGGAUCGCUGCCAGGGGAAUGUGGCCACGUUGCAAGCUGCCAUCCAAAAGAUCAAGGAAACGGAUGCUCAGAAGCUGAAGGAGGAGUACCAACAGCUGGUGCAGGGGUUGCGGGAGGCCAACGUCGCCCGGGAAACAGACGUCUAUUUGGCCAACCCUGUGCUGCCGGACGAGAUCCUCCAGGAGGCUGUGCCUGGUAACAUCCGAACAGCAGAGCACUUUGUGGCCUUCCUGAAGCGCCUCUUGGAGUACCUGAAGUCCCGGCUGCGAGUCCAUCAUGUGGUCCAGGAGAGCCCCCCGUCCUUCUUGAAGGACAUCUUCGAGAAGGUCUGCAUCGAGCGCAAGCCCCUCCGGUUCUGUGCCGAGCGACUGCGCUCCCUCCUUCGCACGCUGGAAAUUGCAGACAUCUCUGACUUCUCCCCCAUUACACUCAUCUCUCACUUUGCCACCUUGGUCAGCACGUACUCCAAGGGAUUUACCAUCCUUAUAGAACCCUUCGACGACAGGACACCCACGAUCCUCAACCCGAUCCUGCACUUCAGCUGCAUGGAUGCCUCAAUUGCUAUCAAGCCCGUCUUUGAGCGGUUCCAGUCGGUCAUCAUCACCUCAGGAACCCUUUCCCCGCUUGACAUCUACCCCCAAAUCCUGGACUUCCGGCCAGUGACCAUGGCUACCUUCACCAUGACCCUUGCCCGGACCUGCCUCUGCCCAAUGAUUGUGGGGCGAGGGAAUGACCAAGUGACCAUCAGCUCCAAGUUUGAGACACGUGAGGACAUUGCCGUUAUCCGCAACUAUGGCAACCUGCUGCUGGAGAUGUCGGCCGUGGUCCCCGAUGGCAUCGUUGCCUUCUUCACCAGCUACCAGUACAUGGAGAACAUUGUUGCCUCGUGGUAUGAGCAGGGGAUCUUGGAGAACAUCCAGCGGAACAAACUCAUCUUCAUCGAGACGCAGGAUGGAGCCGAGACGAGCGUGGCCCUGGAGAAGUACCAAGAGGCCUGCGAGAACGGCCGAGGAGCUAUCUUGCUGUCGGUGGCCAGGGGGAAGGUCUCCGAAGGAAUCGACUUUGUUCACCAUUACGGGAGAGCCGUGAUCAUGUUCGGGGUUCCCUACGUCUACACCCAGAGCCGCAUCCUGAAGGCUCGGCUGGAAUACCUGAGGAACCAGUUCCAAAUCCGUGAAAAUGACUUCCUGACGUUUGACGCCAUGCGGCAUGCGGCGCAGUGUGUGGGCCGGGCCAUUCGUGGCAAGACGGACUAUGGCCUCAUGGUCUUUGCAGACAAGCGCUUUGCCCGGGCAGACAAACGGGGCAAGCUGCCCCGCUGGAUCCAGGAGCACAUCACAGACGCCAACCUCAACCUGACGCUGGACGAGGCCGUGCAGGUAGCCAAGCACUUCCUGCGCCAGAUGGCCCAGCCCUUCCGCAAGGAAGACCAGCUGGGCCUGUCACUGCUCACCUUCGAGCAGCUGCAGUCGGAGGAGACCCUGCGCAAAGUGCAGGAGAUCGCGCACCAGGUGUGAGCGGCAGCAGACGGCGCCGGCAACGCCAGCGCGCUCUGCAGGGAAGGACCCCCAGGCCAUCCAUGCUGCGAAGAGAAGAGAGGCCACCCAGAGGGCAUUGCUUUUGGCCUGGACCCAAGCCUCUUAGCCCUCUCCCUCCCUCCCUCCCUCCCACUAAUCCUAAUUUCUGGACUAAGGUUUUAAUAAAGGGGAUCGGUCU